UUUUUCUAGGCGGAUUCGGGCCAGCAUAAAAGAGCGCCUUAUCCUGUGUGGGGUUCGUCCUUGACCCUCGAUCUUGGUCCGAGGGCGAUCAGCAUGUCAUCUACCCGGAAUAGCGUUUACGAUGCAUACGCCGUGUGGCCGGCUACAAAUCUCGGUCCUCUCACGACGACCUUCACACCAACACCCCAAUGUUUUCAGCCCAUUCACAGUGGCUCAAGGAUCUCAGAUUCCUACCCAUAUGCAUACGUGUAUGGCAAGCACUGCACCACCGCAAUGUACGGGGACGCUCUCGCUCCGUUGAUUCAAGAUGACCCAAGUUGCCUUCCAUCUGCCAUACCGCCGGGGACUCCAUCUCCAUUUUAUUCGCCGGGCAAUGUUUGUCCACAAGGGUUCACGACAGCCUGCCACAUGACGCGAGGGAUGGAGCUUAGCUCGGACCUCGCAGACCCGACGAUGUGGGAAAUGUGGAAGGUCUUGCAGUUUGGGGAGACGGCAUACAAGUGCUGCCCCAGUGGAUAUGUUUGCGCGAUGGGACCUACUGGGUGUAGCAAAUCACCGGGCGGGCCGACAACAACAUCCGGGCCGUACAUCACUUACCCUGACCAUGACUCUUGCGAGUCCACGACAUCGAUUGGCAUUUUAUCAAUUACCGACUACCAGCCCGGUUUACUUCUCGUGACGAGCUCCGCCCAGCCAGAACAGACGAACGGACCGUACCCGGUCGAUCAGGUGCCACUUGGGGCACAGAUAUUCAUCGCCAUUUGUGCGCCAAUAGCGGUGAUUGCACUGGCGCUGGCAGGCUGUGUACUGGUCAGAACGCGCAUGCACUCUCUGAGAAAACAAUCGCCGAUUUAUUCUUCAGUGCCGCCAGAAAACGUCCUCUGA